AUGCAAUCGCCUAACGGUACCGCAACGUCAAGUGAGGAAGCUGUGCCUAUUGCUGCCGCACUCGGCUAUCCGGUUAUCGUGCGACCGUCGUAUGUUUUGGGCGGACGUGCCAUGCAGAUCGUUUACGAUGAAGAACUCUUGCACGAAUAUAUGAACUCCGCUGUUCAAGCCUCACCAGAGCAUCCUGUACUUAUCGACAAAUAUCUUGAAGAAGCAAUUGAAGUUGACGUUGAUGCAAUCUCCGAUGGAAACCUCACUGUCAUCGGUGGUAUUAUGGAACACAUUGAGGAAGCCGGUAUCCAUUCUGGAGACAGCGACUGUGUGUUACCGCCUUAUACACUCGUAGAUGAGCAGAUUGAACAACUCAAAACCUUCACAUACGACUUGGCGAAAGCUUUGCGCGUCCGCGGUUUGAUGAACGCCCAAUACGCAAUAAAGAACGAUGAAAUCUAUGUGCUGGAGGUAAAUCCACGCGCAUCCCGAACCAUUCCGUUUGUCAGUAAAGCGAUCGGUGUGCCAUUGGCAAAACUCGCUGCGCGCGUGAUGGCGGGUAAGACCCUUGAGGAACUCGGAUUUACGAGCGAGAUUGAACCCGCCUAUUUCAGUGUCAAGGCACCGGUGUUUCCGUUCAACCGCUUUCCCGGUUCAAACACGCGCUUGGGACCCGAAAUGAAAUCAACUGGCGAGGUAAUGGGAAUUGAUACUGAUGUCUCCCGUGCUUUUGCGAAGGCACAGAAGGCAUGCGGUUAUACUUUACCGCUGAGUGGCAAUGUUUUCAUCAGUGUUAAAAAUAAAGACAAGCGUGCAAUCAUCUUCAUCGCUAAGAAACUUACGGAUAUGGGCUUUGAACUUAUCGCCACACACGGAACUGCAAAGGUACUGCUCCGUAACGGAAUGAAGCCAGAACUCGUCUUUAGCAUCGAUCGCCCGGUGAGCGUCCUGCAAAUUGAAGACGGUAGGGAGAUUAUCGUCGUGCAACCCAACGCUUUCACUAUCUCGCGUAUCUAUGCAACCGGUCGUCCCGAUGGCAUGCGCCCACACGGUGUGGAUUCCUAUUACGAUUACUUCAUCGCAAAAUUACGGACGUAUGAAGAACAACACGAAACACGGGAAGGGUUCGAGUUGGAGUCAGACGAAUGGGAAAUCCUCUUUGAGGAAUCUUUCCAUCGCAUCGCCAACGCAGAAUUGAGUCUGCAAGAAGACGAUAACGAGGCAGCGUUACGGCAUAUUGACGCUGGAAUUCAACAGAUUGGAGAGUUCUGUGGUGAAUGCCUACGUGAGGAACACGGAGAAGCAGAAAAUAUAACACGUGAACGCUAUCUCAGCAACCUUAUAGAAUUUCGGUCCGAUUUGGAGGCACUUGAUACUGAAACGGCCGAGUCGGAGAGCGACGAGGAAGAUAUCUUGGCAGAAUUGGAAAGAUUGCUAAAUGAAGACGACGCAUAG